CAGACGGUGUAACGUAAGCAGCUGGAAAGAACAGACCGAUCAUUUUGCUUAUGAUACGUAUUUGUGACGAUUUUUCUCUUAUUCGUUUUCGUUAUUAAAAUGCCGUUGCAAUAUAAAUACGAAUAUACAUUAGGUUGCGUAAAACACUGUGAAAAACGUCACGAUCGAUUAAUGGGAUUUACAAUCUCGAUACGUCAAGGGCCAAUUGCCGGUGUACUUUGACCCCUGGCUUGCCACCGAGUUUUAGAGCUGUUAUUUCUACGCUAUUUUCCUGUUGAGAGACCUCCAGUCAUAUAAUCACCAUGUCGGACAGCGUUAGCCCCAUAAAAUAUUUCCUAAGCGGUGGAUUCGGCGGGGUGUGCACCGUGGUAGCUGGCCACCCUCUGGACACCAUAAAGGUACGGCUCCAGACGAUGCCAGUACCAGGACCCAAUGAAUUGCCUCUAUACUCUGGUACAUGGGACUGCGCUAAGAAAACAAUUACCAAAGAGGGAAUACGUGGCUUAUAUAAGGGCAUGGGCGCACCGUUGUCCGGCGUUGCUCCGAUAUUUGCUAUAAGUUUCUUUGGAUACAGCGUCGGGAAAAAGCUGCAGCAGAGCGUUCCGAACGAGAAACUCUCGACGUCGCAGCUGUUUUACGCCGGCGCGUUUAGCGGCAUAUUCACGACUGUUAUAAUGGCGCCUGGUGAACGUAUCAAAUGUCUGUUGCAAAUACAGCAUGCGGACGCGAAGCCAAAGUACAGCGGACCAUUGGAUUGCGCGAAGCAACUGUACCGAGAAGGCGGCAUUAGAAGUAUUUACAAGGGCACCUGUGCUACGUUGUUAAGAGAUAUUCCAGCCAGCGGAAUGUACUUCCUGACGUACGAAUAUCUAAAGGAACGAUUUACUCCAGAGGGAGGGAAACUUAGUUUACUGGCUACCAUAACGGCUGGCGGUUUUGCGGGUAUUGCAAACUGGCUGGUGGGAAUGCCACCUGAUAUCCUAAAAAGCCGCCUACAGACUGCACCAGAAGGCACGUACAAAAACGGAAUACGCGAGGUAUUCGUUAAAUUAAUGAAAAACGAGGGACCAAUGGCUCUCUACAAAGGUGUUGUACCCGUUAUGCUACGAGCUUUCCCUGCAAAUGCAGCCUGUUUUAUGGGCUUCGAGAUUUGCAUGAAAUUCUUGAACUGGGCCGCACCAGAUUUAUAACUUUAGCCGCGCGAUGUAAUUAUAGAAUUUUUGGAAAAUGUUUUGCCUCUCGAUACCCGUCGCUCGCCUUACACUCUCUAUGAUUUAUACUCGAUAGAUGGCAAAGCCAUUAAUUUUACCGUGACAGAAAUAGAUUUGUGUAAAUUUAUUUUUGCCUCGCAGCUAUUUCGAGUAUGAAUUUCAAACUGAUGAUAUACACCAAAUGUUAGAACUAUUUAAAAUACGGCGGAAAUACGAAGUGAGAUAUUCAUUUUAUACAAAAAGAGUACUACAUUCAAAAGUCAGAUUUUUUCUUAAUUUUGUCAUGUAUGUACAUAAGAAGCAAACGAAUGAAAGUAUGAUACCAGGGUAUAAUAUAUACUUGCGCAGGACUCGUUGUUUUGUAAAGAGUUUCAAAUAUAUAUGUCCAAUGUUGUAAACAAUGUAAACAUAUCAUGUAUCGCGAAUCGUGAUAUUAAUAAUUCUUAAGAUACGUAUUGAAAGACUGCUCAGUAACCGUGGUACAUGUGCAAAUUUUAAUAUCCUAAAUAUAUUGUGUAUUAUACAGUUUGAAUAUAAAACUUUAUUAACGUAACAGUAUAUGUACAUUAGUUACAUUCGUAUAUUGUACACUAUAUUAUAUAUUAGGAAAUGUACAAUCUUUUUUUAUUGGAUUGAUUAGCUUUGUAAUAUACUUUAUGUACAAGACUUUUUUGAGGAAGAUCGUAAACAAUAUACAUAUAUAACGGACAAAACGAAUAUAUAUAUAUAUAUAUAAAUAUGUGAGUAAAUAACUAAA